ACUGCCCUGCCUGCCGCUGGUGGUCUCCUAGCAACGCGGGACCCCGCGAGCCGCACACGCCGCGCGCCGGCUGGAGCCUUCGCCUCUACCGGGGAGGGGCAGCCCGGGGCCACCGACCCUGCCCAGCAGAGCCCACCUGGCGGGCCAGGCCCCGGGCGAGAGUGGUGCAGUGAGUCGGGGGGCCGCUUAACGUCCUGCUUCUGGGGCUCUGCCAAGUGCCUCCCCCGCCGCCGGGCAGAGGGAGACAAAAGCCCUUUGUGAGCCGGGCUGGGGGCGGAUGGAGGCGCCCGCCGUCCCUGCGCGGAAAGGACCUGGCUCCUGCCGCCGCCAAGUAGCUUUGCGCUGGGCUCGGGGGUCCCUACGCUCCCCUUGACAUGCGGCGCCGCACGCCGCCCCUGCCCUGCCUCCUACCUGCGAAGGGUGCGCCCCUCCUCCCGCGCAGCCGCCCGAGCCCCCGGCGGGGGUGAGAGCGAGCGAGCCGCUCAGCCGAGACUUGGCCGCCAGGACAGGGAGAGGUGCCGUCUGCUUCGCAUUAUGUGGAUCCCGCUCCUGGCUUUUCUUACUGCUGGAAUCGUCUCUCUGCAGAAAUGCCAACGAGGGCCUGGCCCCAUGCUGCGGGCAGCCCGUGUGCUCGCAGCUGUGCCGGGGCUGUGCCAGCGCCCGGAAAACAGAUGUGCCACUUCAAAUGCACUAACAUGCACAAUGUGUCUUGCCCUGGGCCCAGAGUGUGGAUGGUGUUCUCAAGAGGAUUUCAUGGCAGGAGCAACACAGAAGGGACGAUGCGACUUGGUUUUUAAUUUAAUAAAAAAAGGCUGCCAAUCAGAAUUUAUAGAAAAUCCCACCAUUCGUGUAACAAUACCCAGCGACCACAAGGCAAAUACACAAGUAACACCAGGAGAGGUUUCCAUCCAACUGCGUCCAGGAGGUAAAGCAAGCUUUAUGUUAAAAGUCCAUCCUCUAGAGAAGUAUCCGGUGGACCUUUAUUAUUUAGUUGAUGUCUCAGCUUCUAUGCACAACAACAUAGAAAAAUUAAAUUCUGUUGGAUUUGAUUUAUCUAAAAAGAUGGCAAAUAUUUCCCUUGAUUUUCGACUUGGCUUUGGAUCAUAUGUGGACAAGACUGUGUCACCCUACAUUAGCAUUCACCCAGAAAGAAUCCAUAAUCAGUGCAGUGAUUAUAAUUUAGAUUGUAUGCCACCUCAUGGCUACAUUCAUGUGCUGUCCCUGACUGACAACAUAGCAGAGUUCAAAAAUGCAGUGAAUAAACAGAAGAUCUCUGGCAAUAUUGAUACACCUGAAGGGGGGUUUGAUGCUAUGCUUCAGGCAGCUGUAUGCCAGAGCCAUAUUGGUUGGCGCAAAGAAGCAAAGCGAUUACUUCUUGUGAUGACAGAUCAGACCUCUCAUCUGGCCCUUGAUAGUAAAUUGGCCGGGAUAGUAAUUCCCAAUGAUGGAAAUUGCCAUCUGAAAGAUAAUGUGUACAUCAAAGCUACAAGUAUGGAACAUCCAUCACUUGGGCAACUUUCUGAAAAACUGAUAGACAACAACAUCAAUGUUAUUUUUGCGGUUCAAGGAAACCAGUUUCACUGGUAUAAGGAUCUUUUGCCUCUGUUGCCUGGUACUGUCGCAAGACAAAUAGAAUCGCAAGCAGCUAAUCUGAAUGAUUUGGUGGUAGACGCCUAUCAGAAACUAAUCUCUGAAGUAAAAAUUCAGGUGGAUAACCAGAUCCAAGAUCUACACUUUAACAUAACUGCACUCUGCCCUGAUGGAAGUAGAAAAACAGGCAUGGAAGGAUGCAAAAAUGUGGCCUAUAAUGAAGAAGUGCUUUUUAAUGUAUCAGUUUCAAUGAAAGGAUGUGGUACAACUGAAGGAAGAAAAUAUGUGAUAAUCAAACCUAUUGGUUUCAAUGAAACCACCAUAAUUAAUAUAUAUAAAAACUGUGCCUGUCAAUGUGAGGACAGUGUAAGGCACAAAAGAAUAUGUGUCGAUGAAACUUUUAUCGAUGGGGAAAGCACCCAUUGCGAAGACACUAACUGUACUUCCAGUGAAGACACAUUUCCUUUUGAGAGAUGUAAGUUGCACCCGGACCAGCCCAUCUGCAGUGGUCAAGGAGACUGCAUAGGUGGAAGAUGUCUCUGUCACAAAACCAGGCUGGGCAAAGUGUAUGGCAAAUACUGUGAAAUGGAUGACUUUUCUUGCCCAUAUUACCAUGGAAACCUGUGUGCUGGCAAUGGUGAAUGUGAAGCUGGUAAAUGUAAAUGCUUUCGCGGCUGGGAAGGUGACCGCUGUCAGUGUUCACUAUUGACAGCAAAGCACUGCAUGAAUUCUAAAGGCCAGAUUUGCAGUGGAAGAGGAGUAUGUGUAUGUGGAAAAUGCGAGUGUACUGAUCCAAGGAGUUUUGGCCGGUUUUGUGAAUAUUGCCCUACUUGUAACAAUGUCUGUGACGAAAACAGAAAUUGUGUUCAGUGCCAUUAUUCUAACAAUGCAUCACAAACUACACCUGACCAGUGCAAAACCUCAUGUGCUUAUAUGGUGCAUUAUAUUGAUCCAGCAUCAGAAUGUUUCUCCGACCCAAACUACUUUAGAAUCUUUUCCAUAAUCUUUAUCGUUACAUUUCUGAUUGGGUUGCUUACUGUACUUAUCAUCAGGCAGAUAAUUCUACAGUGGAAUAGCAAUAAAGUUAAAUCAUCCUCAGAUUACAGAGCAUCUGCAACAAAGAAGGAUAAGAUGUUUUUGCCUACUGUUUGUACGAGAACAGUAACAUACAGACGUGACAAACCAGAAGAUAUAAAUAUCGACAUCAGCAAGUUACGUUUAAAUGAAACUUUCAAGUGCGAGUUCUGAAGACCAUUUUCUGAAAAUCUCUAUUUCCAUCAUUUUUUAAAAAGCUGUCUUAUUUUUACUGUGUAAGAGUCUUGACUGAUGCUAUUUGUUUUUGUGGCAUGCAUUCAUUGAAUACUGUAACAAACUAACAUGUAAGCAUAGUCACAUAAUGUGACUACCUUUGAAGUUAUGGCUGCUGUAUUUUAUGAAAGAGAAAUGUGCAUUACUACUGUUCAAGACCAUUAGUGUUGGUGUAGCACUUUAAUGUAAAAUAAUUUAUUUAGUUAUGGCAUAGAAUGUAGAUAUGAACAUGGGGGGACAAAGCACUGAUCUCACUUUACAAGUAGCUAGUAUUUGUGUGCGCUGUGGGAAUGGGCAAAACUGUGAUUAAAAUAUUAACAUUCCUGUACAUUAUAGUAAUAGAUGGAGCUAUUGGAGUACUUGUACAUGUAGAAACGAUACUUCUUAAAACUUUUAUGGUUUUCCUUUCAAAGGUCCAUUGAUCUUGUCUGCUUUGACAUCAGUUUAUCUUCUUAUAGUUACUUAUAAAAAAUAACUGGAUUAAUGAGUGCUUAGUUACUACUGGUAUUUUAAAAAAUCUACAGAUUAUAAUAUCACUUAAACAGGAUUUAUUCUUCUUAUGUGAUAAAGUGUAUACAUUUUAGUAUUCCUUUUGUUCCAAAAUAGAGACUUUUAUAUAUAUUUUAAGAUAUGUGAGAACUGAGUCAGUAUGAAAAGGGGAAGGAUGGGGGGAGAGUUAUUCUAGUGUGGUUUUGUUUUUUUUGUUUUAGCUGACUGGAAUACGCUACAUAAUAAUUAAACACACUGGCUAAAUUCAGCUCUGGGGUUGGCAAGAAGAACUGCAUUGAAGUCAGUUGAGUUACACCAGGGCUGUAUUUGGUCUGCUAGCUACAUUUCAGUGUUUUGCCAAAUAAGGGCUCUCUUCUUGUUAAAUAUCUGAUAUGCCUGAUUUUUCCUCAUCUGCUACUUUAUAGCUGAGAGAAUCAGUUUGCAUGAAUCCUUUAUUUAACCACCUAAAUUGUUGUUGUGGUGCACUGGGAUAUGUAUCCAGUAGAAUGUGAAGGUGUCAAAAGAAAAAGAAUACAGAAAAGAGGAGAGGAAUUUUCCCAUGAGAACUAGUUGAAUUGACCAAUGUAGAUUCAAAUUCUGCCUUCAGAAGUCAUCAAGAUCCUUCCCAGAUUCAAUGGGGCCAAUAUGGAUGCAUCUGAGGGCAGAAUUUGUACCACAGAAUAAAUUGUGCAAAGCUACUCCGCUUCUCCAUAAAACAAACUCUGCAACAGUGGACGCUGUUGUCUUGUUGCUAUAUGCCAUAUAAAGUGCACAGCUAGUAGUCGGACUGGCUUGUUUUACAUUGUCAUAAAGUUAGGAAGUCCUGGUAACCUCUUUGAAAUAUGCACUAAAAAUAGUUGGCAAAAAAUUAUCUGAGAUGACAUGUUAUCAGUGCUAAACACUGAUACUCAAUACUAAUCUGUGCCUAUUGCAGAGAGUCUUUGCUUCGCUGAAACAAAGGGGGAAAUGUCUUUAUUAAAAAAAAAGCGGAAUAGACACAUGGUUGAGAUACUUAUAAGAAAUGAGAAAAAUGAAUUCUCCCAAUUCUGCGUUCCUUCUGUACAAGUCCCGUUGAAAUCUGAGAACGAUGUACAUGUGAAAGGAAUGCAGGAUUUGGAAUUGAUAAUCAGCUUUAUGGGUUGUGUUUCACAGACAGCAUUCCCUAAUACACUGAUCAAAUGGAGGUUUGAAAAAAAAAUCCUACAAAGACAAUGGCUCAAAAUUUCCAUUGUUAUUGUUCUAACAGCUCUAGAUAUCAGUGGUAGUCACUACAUACUUCCCCUAAUAAGCCACCUUUUAAACUCCUCUAUUAAGUAUUUCUAUGUCACGCAUCACAGUGGUAUCUGAACUUCAGUUCAGACAGCUUAAAAAGUCUUGCUUGAAAUUGGAAUUCAUUACACUGAUUUUAUUUGUGUUCGUGAUAGCCUUCAUUUUUAUUUGUUAAUUAUAGAUUAUUGAAAAGUAAACUACAGUGAAUCAUUUCAACUUUAUACUGUGUUUAACUUGAAUUAUUUUUCUUUAUACUGCACAGUGUGGGACUCAGUCCUCCUCCCGUAGAAGUUAACGGGAUGAUUACCAUUGACUUUACUGGGAACAGAAUAAAGGCCCAUGUGAAAUAAACAUACUUAAUAUUGCUCUGGUCACAACUUCCUAAAGAGAGGAGGAAACAGGGUACUAUCUGGAUAUCAGUAACUGUUUAUUUAAUUGAAAGAUUUCAUGUGCUUCACAAAAGAUAUGAACCUAUUCUUUAAAUAAUGGAAUAUGAUUUUUGAUCUAAUUCUCUUAAAUGAAAUAUAAUAGCCCUUAAUACAACAUAUAGCUAAGUGAUAUAAUUGGUAAAAAUAACUCAUAACUGUUUAAAAUAACUUCUCGUCAUUGUUCACAAGUCUCAAAUUAUGGAACAGAAAUGGAGUUGGGGACUUCAUAUACAGGAGAGAAAGGGGUCUUUAUGGUAACAUCUCCUCCCCCCCCCCCACGUCCAAAA